CACACACAACAGUUUAGUUCGAAAUUGAUUGUAAAUUCAAGCACGCUAUCAUUUAUAACAACUUUAUCAGCUGAUGUCUAUUUAAGCAGAAGAAAAUAUAUAUAUAUAGAGUGAGAGAGAGAGCUGAACUAACUUAUUUUGCAAUAAAAUGUUCUCCAACAUUUUAAGAGUUCUUUUGCUCAUUCUGUCUGUGAUAACAUGUUCAUCAUCGUGGAAUGAUGUUUGCUUUUAUAAAGAUGAUGAAGGCCCAUGUAAAGCAAGCAAUACAAGAUUUUAUUAUAAUGCUACUGUUGGUUCAUGUGCUAUGUUCAUCUAUGGUGGAUGUUAUGGUAACGAAAAUAAUUUCCAAUCAGAAGAAGAAUGUAAACAAAAGUGUCAAAGCAGUGGCAAAUUUGAUAGAAAUAACUGCAGAUUGGAUGCCGAAACUGGUCCAUGCCGCGCCUCUUUCAUACGUUUCUUUUAUAAUUCAUCCUCAGACAAAUGUGAAACAUUCAUAUAUGGCGGUUGUCUGGGAAAUGGAAAUAACUUUAGGAGUAUGAGAGAAUGUCAGGCAAAGUGUGGGACGGCGCUUGCCCGAACAUGGAAUAUAAAAUCCAAUGCACCCGGUGAGUUCAUAUAUUCCUCGUUUUUGUCUGAAAUUGAUUUCACUCAGCUUAUGAAUCCAGUAGCCCGGUAGAUAUCACUGCAGAUCAAAAGUGAAGGUAGACAUUGCUUGUGUACAAAACCUAAUAAUUAUAAAUGGAUAUCACAAAACUGUUUAUGAAAGGGCACCCCAAGUUGAGGGGCAGUUGUGUCACAUAAAACACUGUUUCAUCUUCUGGACUCCUAGUAUGGGAUUUGAGACAUCAUCAGAAUGAGUGGCUUUAGAUUUCAUCAAAUGUGACUAUCAUAGAUUAUCCUCAUUUUGCUUAAUGUUAGCUUGACAUCAAUUGAUAACUUCGAAAUGUGUACAUCUGGCCACGGUUUGCACACUCAUCGCGUCUUUCUGUUUCCAACUGUUUGUGAAAUGCGACAAUUUUUUCCUUUGAACCAGUCUGAAAUUACACGUCAAAAUUGUAUUCAUCAAGCUCAAUUAAAACAUUAAUAUUCGUCAUCGCUUUGAAAUGUUUUUGUUUCAGACUACUAAAGCACUAUGACAACAGCCCAUUCUAUAUUAUUUGGCCUAGGCC